CGAUCGGAGUGUACAACUCUUCUCCCAGGACGCACUCUCACUUUUGCAGAACUCGCGGAGCGCAUAUCCCAACGAGCGGUAGAAGUGUGAGCCACGACACCCGUGUCCUCAUUCCGAACCUCCCGCGCCAUCCUCCAACAUGGCGCAAAACAAGCCUCCCCCAGGGCCUGAUCAAUCCCGCAACGAGUACAUCCCAUCCUUCAUAUCCAAAAGACCGUUCUGGGCCGAAACCACCUCUGACGCCGACUACCUCGAGCAUCAACGUCUCCAAACCGAAUCAAACGACACCCUCGACAAAGCAAAAUGGUACGACCGAGGCAAGAAAGCCGGGCCCGCAGCCACCAAAUUCCGCAAAGGCGCCUGCGAAAACUGCGGCGCCAUGACACACAAGACGAAAGAAUGCCUAAGUCGACCUCGCAAACAAGGCGCGAAGUGGACGGGCCGGGAUAUUCAAGCCGACGAACUCGUCGAGGACGUCAAACUAGGCUGGGACGCUAAACGCGAUCGCUGGAACGGCUACGACAACCGCGAAUACACCGCCGUGGUGCGCGAGUAUGAAGAACUCGAAGCCCUCAAGAAGAUCACAGACAAAACCGACACAUCCACACCCGACGCUGAAGGCGCCGACGCCGACGCCGACGCCCGCUACGGCGAAGAGACAGACAUGGGCCGUUCCCAACCCACCUCCACCCGCCAACUACGUCUCCGCGAAGACACAGCCAACUACCUCAAAAACCUAGACCUAGACUCAGCAAAGUACGACCCCAAAACGCGCACAAUGGACACACAAGCUCUCGACCUCGCCGGCAACCCCUCCACCUCAAUAGCAGAAGAAGGUUUCGUCCGGCCCACAGACGACCCCGCCGCCGAGUUCGAGCGCGCCCAGAAAUACGCCUGGGAAACACAAGAAAACGCCAACCCGACCGCAAAGAAACUCCAUCUCCAAGCGAACCCGACAGAAGGCGAGAUCUUGCGCAAAAAGCAAACGACCGAAGCCACGGAGAAAAAAGCCGCCGCCCGCAAAGUCCUGCUCGACAAGUACGGCGGCGACGAGUACCUUGCCGACAAAGCCAAGAAGUCAAUUCCUCAAGUCCUGACGAACGAACGAUACAUCGAGUACGACGAGUCAGGGCACAUCAAGGGCGAAAUCCGCGCCACCCCCAGAUCAAAAUACGCCGAGGACAUCCUGACCAACAACCACACUUUUGUAUGGGGCAGUUGGUGGCGCAAUUUCACCUGGGGUUACGCGUGCUGUCAUUCUACCGUAAAAAACAGCUAUUGUACAGGCGAGUCUGGGAAAGUGGCGUUUGAAGAGGCCGAGGGUAUGAGGACAGGGCUGGCGCUUGAAGAAGGGAGCGGAACCGAGGCUGUGAUCGGCGACGAGAAAGAACAGCUGCAGAUCGAGCAGGCGGGUGAGGAUGUGGCGGAAAGGAAGCCGCACGAGCAGGCGGAUACCACGCAACACACGACAACGGCGGGAUCUCAAGCGAAGAAGCGCACGCUUCAGGAACUACAGUCCGGGAUAUCAGAGGAGGAUCUCGAGUCAUACAAGCGCAAUCGUGUGGCGGCUGAUGAUCCUAUGGCGGCUCUUCUCGGAAGAGAUGAGCUCGUGGAGAUGCGGUGAGACAAGUGGGCAAUCACCUUGCCUUGUGUGUAUUUUGACAGUCCAGCGUUCAAGCGAGCAUUCAUAACUCAUCAUGAGGCCACCUAUGCUAUGGAGAUAUCGGCCUGCAAUGCACAUUCACCAAUGUUAUCAUAGACAAUU